AGCUGAGUCAGGGGAGGGUCAUGUGAUGAUACACAUGGCUUCCCAAGCAGUUGCCUCUGGGGAUCGGGCAUGGGAGAUGAGCUUGAUGAAUUUACCUUUGCAAGCACAGGGCCAGGCUGACAGAGGAGCACCUCUUCCCUCACAUAUGCAUAAGGCAGCUCACAUUCAGACACACCCAGACCCAAGAGGGUACUGACCCGACGAAGGCCAGAGAUAACCAUUCCUUUAUCCUUGGUGAGACUCUGCCCCCGCCGGUGCCCCACUCUGAGCAGGAGCUCCUACCUGCUUGGGACUCUGCUCCUGCAGGACCCAUCUGACUCCAGUUCCUCAGGGCCCAGGUGGAUCUAGUUCCAAGAAGAUGGGAUGCCGGGGGCUCUCAGGUCCUUGCUCACACCAAGCCUUCCAUGCUGUCUUCAAGCCCUACUUCCUGCACAUCUCCCAACCCUGACGGGGAGAAUCCAAGUAAGAAGGUCCACUGGACUUCUGGGAGGAGUAGGACGUCAUCCACAGACUCAGAGUCAAAGUCACACGCCGACCCCUCCAAAGCAUCCAGGUCCCGGAGACCCAGCCGGCUGACGGUGAAGUACGACCGGGGGCAGCUCCAGCGCUGGCUGGAGAUGGAGCAGUGGGUGGAUGCGCAGGUUCAGGAGCUCUUCCAGGAUCAACCAAUUCCUUCUGAGCCUGAGAUUGACCUGGAGGUUCUCAUGGAACUAUCCACAGAGGAACAGAAGACUCACUUGGAGGCUAUUCUCCGAAACUGCCCCCGUCCCACAGAGCCUUUUAUCUCUGAGCUGCUCAGUCAACUCAAGAAACUCCGGAGACUCAGUCGGCCUCAGAAAUAAGCCUUGUGAGACCACCUUCAGCAGCCUCCACACUGCCAGGCCUGCCCUGAACCUCUGAAUCCUGGACUGAGAGGAAAUGGCCCUGUGGGACACAGAUAAGGAACGUGGAGGAUGAGGAGGGACAUUUGGAUACUCCUAGUGUAUGUGCAGUCACAGCUGGGCUUUCUGGAAGCCAUUCAUGGCUGUUGCCCAGUACUUUCCUUGGCAGCCAAGUGGAUAAAACCUUUGGGAGUCCCAGCUGAAUGGAGUGUGGAGCAUAUCUUUCCUGAGGGAUGGGGAGGGGAGGGUAAAAUGAUAUACCAGAGGGCCAGCAUCCCGAGCCACCAGGCUCUAUCCACACCUCCUCUGUCCGUCUAUCCAAAUUGGCCUUGAGAAUUCAAAGGAGAAGAUCACAGUUCUGCUUUAGAGCUCAUGAUCUAGCAAGGCCCAGAGGCCAAACAAGAGGGCACCAGAGUAGGACACAGCAUCCUGCAUCACCAACAACAGGAGCCGAAGUGGCAAAGACUAGUUUUGAAUCCCAGAGGAGAGGUAACAGGGAAAACCCAGCUGGGUCUGGGGAUAUCAGGGAAUGCUAAACCUUCCUGUUCCCCCUAAGUUGAGUCAGGAGGCAUCAGGCUGAGAACUGUCUUGAGCUGGCUCCAGCCAGCAGCAGAAAGAGAAAAAGCAGGAGCUAAGCAGAGAGGUGUAAAGGGUACAGGCUGAGGCCAGGAGUCAGCCCAGGAGCGUGCUGCUGGAAAGAUACUGGGUCUGAAUGGCUGGCAGGUUGGGACAGAAGCCUGGGGAGGUGGCAUCCUUUGGGAGUAAGACACAAAGCAGGGUAGGCAUUCACUGUUUGUGCAUGCGCUGUCUGAGUACUAGGGAGGCUGAGGAAUCCAAGAUGGUGGGGCCUAGGGGCUAUGCUGGGCUACCCAGAGCAGGUUGCACCAUUCAGAUCAGUUGAACGAAUAUCCCCUGCCUACUUCAUAUGAGGCUUCCAGGGUGGAUGGGAC